AUGUCAGUGCUAAACUAUUUAUUAUUAAUCUUUAAUCAAAAUAACGCACCCACAAGGACACAUCAUAAUUUAGAACUACUGAACUCUAUAACGUAACCCUUACAGUGAAAGUUUUUACUAUUGAAAAAAACAACAACAAUCCACAAAUAACAACUACAUUAAUAUUUAAAAAAAAAUUUUUUUUGAGAUAAAACAACAAAUAACUCUUUCAAGCUGCUGCUGCUAAGAAUUAUCCCUUUACACCUUAUCAUAACUUAUAAAGGGAAUACGCAACAAUUAAAAAUUGUCCAACAACGAAAA